AUGUGUUUUUGUUGUUGCGAGUGCAUGACAGAUCUCUGUCUUAUCGUAUUAUCGGUUCUUUUCCCUCCACUUCCUGUCUGGAUCAGAAGGGGAUUUUGUUCGCAGGAUUCGUUAAUCAAUAUUCUAUUAUUUAUUUUGGGUUACUUUCCCGGUUUGAUCCACUCAUGGUACAUUAUAGCCAAGUAUCCUCCAUACACCAUCACCCAAGAAUCUAAAGUAUACUAUAUCUACCGUGGAAAUCCAGAUUUAGAAAACCAGUUACCCCCACAAAAUAACUGUCACCAUCACCAUCACCACCAUAAUGGACCUGUUGUUGCUACAGAACCGACUCCUUUGGCACCUCCUUCGACUUCAUAUGGAGCAAUAAACCAAGAAGAACCAGCACCUCCUGCUUAUACUGAGUUGGAUAGACCCAAGGGAAAGAAGUAG